AUGCAGGCGUGGUGUUGCAAGCAGCGUGUUUGUCCGCAGCAGACGUGUUGGUAUACAGACGUGGUGUUGCAGACAUGGUUGUUGGGCAGGACAGUGGUUUGGAUGAAGGAGUGUUGGGUGGUGUGGAAGAUGUUUGGGUGGGUUGUUGGAAGAGAUGUAGGUUGGGGGAGGGGAUAUUUAGGUGGGGGGGGGGAUGGGUACGGGGUUGAAGAUGUAUGGGGGGGUGGGGGGUGGGGGGGGGGGGGGGGGGGGGGGGGAUUUAGGGGGGGAUAUGAGUUGGGGAUGGAUGUAGGGGGGGUUGGAUGGGGGAUUGGAGGGGGGGGGGAGGAUAUGGGAGGGGAUUUGGGGGGGGAUGGGGAUGUGAGGUGUGGGGGAGUGGGGGGAUGGGUGUGUGUGGUGGGUGAGGGGGGGGAGUGGGGAGGGAGGGGUGGGGAUGGGACUGAAGGAGGGGGGUGGAUGGGGGGAUGGAAGAGGGGGUGGGGGGAGAGUGAGUUAGUGGUGGGUGGGUGGUGA